AUGAUCAGUGAAAAUGAAUAUGAAUUGUGUGCCGAUAUCGAUCCUGAAGAAAUUGUUAUUUCUGGCAUUUCCGGUAGCUUCCCAGGUUCGGACAAUAUGAAACAGUUGCAAGAACAUCUAUUUAACAACGUCGAUCUUAUUACGGACAAGCAUAUCCGAUGGAAUUCAGAACAUCCGGACUUACCAAAACGUCUAGGAAUAAUUAAUAAUUUAAAUAAGUUCGAUGCGGAAUUUUUUGAUAUAUGUGAUAGUUACGCGAACACACUUGACCCAUCACUGAGGAUAUUAUUGGAGCGUACUUACGAGGCAAUUGUCGACGCAGGAAUCAAUCCAAAGCAAUUACAAGGAAGAAAUAUUGCUACGAUCGUAGCAACAUCUUCCAUUGAGUCACAAAGUGAAUUUGUGUACCGGGACAUUCAGAUGAAUGGUAUGAAUUUUCUUGGCUGUCAGAAAACUACAUUGCCAAAUUUAGUUUCCUAUUGGCUAAAUCUGAAAGGACCAUCUUAUGUAGUCGAUACGGCCUGCAGCGGUAGUCUUCAUGCUGUAGCACUUGCUUAUUACAACAUCAUAUCUGGUGUUUUGUCACCAACUGGUUACUGUAGACCUUUUGAUGUAAACGCAAACGGUUAUUGCCGUAGUGAGACUGUAUCGGUAAUAUAUCUUCAAAAAGCAAAAAACGCAAAAAGAAUUUAUGCUUUAUGCAAACAUGUUAAAAUUAACAGUGAUGGAUAUAAAGACGAAGGAAUAACAUUUCCAUCGGAAAAUGCGCAAACACGUUUAUUAACCGAGUUUUAUGAAGAGUGCGGAAUAUCGCCAACUGAUGUGGACUACAUUGAAGCGCACGGUACCGGUACAAAAGUUGGUGAUCCAGUUGAAAUCAAAGCUAUCAGCAAUAAUCGCACUGGAAACUGGCUUUAUUCCGCCAAUGAUUUUUACAUCACCACGAGAUGA